UACACUGACUGUACCGGUUUAUGUACGUGGACGUCUGUGCUUCUGCUUCAGCAUUUCAGUUUUAGUAACGUUUCUGUGGUGUCUCGGCGAUGUUCGGCCGUUCUUAGUCUAUGUUUUCACUUUCAUGAGUGAAGUGCUGGGAGACUCGUGCGAGCGCUGGAGUUAAGGAAGAGGUUGGUGGCCUCGAGUUCCUGGCCUCCAUAAUGUCGUGCUGCUUGUCAGCCGAAGCGGCGGAGCAGAGGAGAAUAAACCAGCUCAUUGAGAAGGAGCUGAAAAAAGAUAGAAAGCAAGCUCGAAGGGAACUCAAGUUGCUGUUGUUAGGAACUGGUGAAUCUGGCAAGAGCACCUUUAUAAAACAAAUGCGAAUCAUCCAUGGUAAUGGCUACAGCGAAUCAGAUCGUAAAAGUUUCAAAAAGUUAGUGUUCCAGAAUAUCUACACGGCCAUGCACGCCCUACUCAAUGGUAUGGAUGCGCUACACAUACCAUUCACCGACGAAAGCAAUAAGGAACGUGCCACGCACGUAUUACGUUUGGAGCCUGAUUUGGUGGAGUCUCUUGACCAACUGGAUUUGCUACGAACGCUAUGGAGUGAUCCUGGUAUGCAGACAUGCUACGAGCGGCGGAGAGAGUUCCAGCUGACGGAUUCAGCGAAAUAUUAUUUGGACGCCCUGGAACGCAUCGGCGCACGGGACUACCUGCCUGACACUCAGGAUGUAUUGCGUGUCCGUGUGCCUACAACUGGCAUUAUUGAAUAUCCAUUCAACCUUGACAAAGUCGUUUUUCGGAUGGUGGAUGUCGGCGGGCAGAGAUCAGAACGGCGGAAGUGGAUCCACUGUUUCGAGAAUGUGACAUCAACUAUUUUCUUAGUGGCACUGAGCGAGUAUGACCAGGUCCUCGUCGAGUCAGAAGACCAGAAUCGCAUGGAAGAAAGCAAGGCCUUGUUCAGGACAAUAAUCACAUACCCGUGGUUUCAGAACUCGUCAGUGAUUCUCUUCCUCAACAAGAAAGACUUGCUAGAAGAUAAGAUCCAGUCGUCAGAUUUAGCCGACUACUUUCCCGAGUUUGUCGGUCCUCGGCGAGAUGCCACUGCCGCACGGGAGUUUAUUCUCCGUAUGUUCGCUGAACUGAACCCGGACCCGGAAAAGACGAUCUACCCGCAUUUCACCUGCGCUACCGACACUGAGAAUAUCCGAUUUGUCUUUGCGGCGGUGAAGGACACCAUCCUGCAGCUCAAUUUAAAGGAAUACAACCUCGUAUAGGCCGCAAUGCUGUGCACGAAGGACCUGCAUGAUCUCUUGUGUGUGUGUGUGCGAACCAGCCAGGUGGUAGUUGGCACUGCUACGGCCAUCCUCCCGGUGGUGGGCAUCUCCUGAUACGGCCGCCGCGUUCUUCGCUUGCGUGCUCAAGGUAGCUGAGAAGACUGUGUACUAACGGGUCAUUAUAUCUCCUCCGCGUAUGCUCGUAAUGCACUCUCAUCUAUUGUAUGGCCCCGUCCGCUGAAGCACCAACGCCAUCGCGUCCAUGACCCGCCCUCUUCUCCGGUUCCCUCUGUCUCUCGUGUGUGUGUGCGUGCGUGUCCACUCAGCUACAUGUCAGAGCAGUCUCUGCAGGUACUGAGAUAUCUGGGGAGAAGGAGAUUGUUGCUUGUAUAUGUGUGCUCAUCUCCUACGCUUGGACGGCAUGGCUGCUGCAGUCUGGUCUGCUUGCUGUUGUAAAGUCUUGUCCGCUUGGCAUCCCCUUCCCUUUCUCCCUCCAUACCUUCAUGGCUGUACAUUACUCUUCCUCCUGCCGCUGUUGCUGCUGCCCGCGCCACCUCCGCUGCCGCCGUGCUACCCGUUAACCGGAGCAACUGGCUGAUAUUGGGGCAAUGGUGGUUUCGGCGAGAAGUCGUGUCACCGCUGUGCAUGCUACUGACGUGGCGUGGUGUCUUCACGAAGCUGGACUGUCCGGUCGCCACCGCCGCCGCUCUGCCAAUGCUGCUGCUGUUGUCACUGUCCUCCACCUCCUCAGCCUCUCUGCUACUGUUAUUCAUAUCGUCAAUCUAGUUGAGUUCUUCUUCCUCUUCUCCAGCAUCACCACCAGCAGCAUCAACAACAGCUACAACAUCAGCAUCCCACUGCCCCCCUCAUGAUACACCAUGAUAAUCAUCAACCUCAUCUCAUCAUUAUAGUGAUCAUCAACCGUAGCCCUCUUGCUGCAUUCGCCUUUUUUCAUAAUUUUUUAUCAAUAUAACGAUAUGCCAUACAUGUAUCACUUUGUGCAUGCUCACGACCCUCUUUGUCCUCGUUAUUAACCUUUGUUUUUUAUGACAUUGACCCGUCCGUCGUCCAGCUGUCGUAGUCCUAAAGGCCCCGGUUCUAUCGGUAGUUAUAGAGAUAUUUUCUUCAGGCAAGUAUGCAUCUCUUCCCAUCAUCUUUAUUUCUUCUUUUUCUUUCUUUUCUCUUUCUCUCUCCUUUUUUUCUUUUUUUUACUAUUUCUCUUCCUCGCAUAUGGGAGUGGCGAGAGCAUAUGGGAGUCAGUUGACUGGAGGUUGCGUGUUCGUUUAAUUUUGUCUAUACCGUACCGUGCAUUCGUUUCUGUCUGUGCGUCGGCUCGUCUCACUCGUACCUCUGUUGUUUUUGUUUUUUUUUCUCGUGAACCUCAUCAGACAUGUGUUCUCUCCCCUGUGUAUGUGUAUCGUAUGCACACUUGGCCGUGUUGUCUCUCCACUUGUAGGUAGGUGAUGUAGAUAUUUAUCAACGGGUGUACAUCUCUUGCUUCAUACUCUUCAUAUGAUGACCUGGCACAUGAAACGCAAUAGAACAAACAUCGAGUUGUAAAAGUUGUAAACUGAUCAUUCA